AUGGGUGAAUUUAUUGUGGCUCCUGGCGAAAAAGCACUCACUUCAUUAGGUGACAGCAAUCCUGCUCCCUCCGACUACAGCCCAAAAGUUGAUCUAACGCAACAAUCAACUGCGCAUUAUUCAAUGGCACGAAGGUACACAACACAGAAAAGUGCUUACAAUGUUGGUCCAGCCGACUACAACACCCUCUGUGACAUUGGUAAAGGUCAUAGGAUGACAUUGAAAGAAAAGGGAAAGAUGAUGGCAUUCGGUAUCAGAGAAGACCAAAUGAAUGGAAGCGUUGGCCCUGCCGGGUAUAAUGUCACUUACAAGGACACCGGCACGACGGGACCAAGGUUAAGCAUGUCCCGCAGACACUCGGAAGGCAUCAAUACUGGUCCGCCCAAUUCUCUCGUUCAACCGGUCGAUACCAUCGGUAAGCAUUAA